AUGACCAGUAAAUCAAGUAUUUCCAAUAAUAUCAUUGUUACCAGUUCUUCUGGUACAUCGCUCGAGGAGCAGCGAAGGAGAUUUGAAAGUACUCAGCUAAAACUGCAAAUGCUAUCUCUGAAAACAGAGGAAAUUCAGAUCGAUGAUUAUAUAAAGAAGCUCGCUCUGGAUACUGAUUUUGUCACAAAUAAAACUGAUAUUAAACCAAAGUUUAGAGAAAGUUCAUUUGCAGACGCUGAUGUUUCUCAGACUGGCAGUCAGCUGUAUCAUUGGGGUGCUGUUUCCAAUCAGUCUUCUGGGGCAUUCUUGAAUGAACCAGUUGGUGAUAAUCAUUCACAUUUACUUGACUUGCCGGACGUUGGAUAUUUGAAUCCUGCCAGUUCUUUACCAGUCAGACCCACAAAACCAUCUUGGUUGAUGAACAUUUCCUCCCUUCCACCUAUCUAUGGCGAAGCUAUUCGUGCUGCUACAACAAAUCAUGGUCUUGAUAGUUCAGUGAUUUACGAAAUUUUUCGUUCAUCCAAUUUGAGUACGGAAGUACUGUAUCACAUUUGGUCUCUUACAAGCUGCACCCAACCUGGUUGGUUUACUCCAACUGAGUUAGUCACUGCAUUGGCUCUAAUCGGUUUAGCACAGCGUAGACAGUGGGAGGUGCAUUCAACUUCUAUCUCUGAUGCCAUUAGUAUACAGUCAGUCUAUGAGCAAAUAUGCCCUCCUGUCCCUAUGAUCAAAAUCCCUAAUAACAACAAACAGUCAAAUUCUACAGACAUGGCUCUUGGAUCAAAAUCAAUUAGUCAAGAAACAGUUGCAAAUGAGUUUCAGAAUUCAGUUGUUUCAGAGUUUUCAAAAUUUCCUUUCCAACCUCCAGUUGUAGCAUUUUCCGCAUUUCCUCAGCAAUUGGAUAUUAGUAAUACGUCACAAAAUCAGUCGGCGCAAUCGGAUUCCAAGACAAAUAAUUCUUUUAUGCAUUUCACCUCUUCAACAUCCCCAAUUGUAGAUGAUCCUGAAUGGUCCGACUUUACCUCCUUUAGCGGUUCCGUUGCCCCCCUUGAAAAGGAUAUUAUGAAGAAUGUUCCAGUUGUUGUUAAUGGUCAAAAGACACCAGUAACCAAUGUAAAUAAUACUUUGUUUGAUGAAGAAUUUGGAGAAUUUCAAACUAGUCAUUCCAAUGAUUCAAUGAAACCUAUUGAAUUUCCCAAUGCAUUUACUCAUCAUUCUAAUUCAUUAUUCUCUUCAUCAAAUAAUCAUGCACCAAAAUUAUCAUCGUCAACAGAGAAAAUUGUUUCUUAUGAUCUUGAUCCUAUCGAUAUACAGUGUGAAACAAAUUCAUCAGAAUCUCUACGUGGACAAUGGCUUUGUUGUUUAAAUAAGUGCUUGAAAGUAUUCAAUCAAUCCAUUUCAGUUUUGUCAUCACUUGAAACUCUUAAGGAUCGAAAGGAAUUUGCAGAAAGUGAAGAAGGUUCUGAUUUCUUAUUAGAUAUUACUGAAAUCUACUUAAUGACAAGACGGAUUAACCUGUCAGCUAGAAAAUACAGUAUACUCAAUCCUUCUAUGCAACAAGAAUUUUCGGAUGUCGAGAAUUCAUUUCGCAAAUUAGUGUCAUAUGCUGUUACAACCGAUCUAAAGAGUAAAAUCGAUCAGACUUUGAAAUCAAUCACAAUAUUAGAAAGUGAAAAUAUGAUUCAAGAUUUCAUGAAUGCCAGUUCACCUUAUUGUGGAGUAUGUCUUUCAUCAAUCAAUCCAGCUGAUGGCCAAUGUGUUAAUAAUCCUGUCAACGAGUCAUCGAUGUCUUCUUCCUCUUCUUCGCCUUCUCCUCUUCAACAUAUUAAUGGUCAUAAAAGACAAAAACACUUAAAUCACUGUUUACCACAUAUUAAUCUAGCUGGUUGUUAUUAUCAUAUUCCAUGUGCUAAUUUUUGGAUGAAUUGUGUUGAACUGUGUUUACCUGCUCUUAAAUUACCAUCAGUAUUCAUAUGA